CGCACGUCCAAUCGCUCGCUCGCUCGCUCCGAUGAGGAUGGGCGACGUCGUCGGAGACAUUGAGGUUUGCGUCAUUUGUUUGGUUUGGCUGUAUUUGCUUCGAUUGUGGCGGCAAGAGCAAGACGAAUUCACAAUUCCGCUGUUGUUCGCCGAUUGGUUUUACCAACGACCUCACUGCAGGGAUGCAUCGACUGUGUCCCUUGACCUACAGGCCGCCGAUUCUGCAACAUACUUCCUUAUAUCUCACAUUCCACCGAGAUUCAGCAUUGUUACUGAUUGAGACUUGCUUGUUGUUGAAUUUUUAUUGUUUUAAUGUAUAUGCCAUGUGAUAUGUAUUGUUGAUUUUUUUAUUUUAUUUUUAAUGUAUAUGCCAUGUGAUAUGUGUUGUUGAUUUUUUUAUUUUAUUUUUAAUGUAUAUGCCAUGUGAUAUGAGUGUGUGUAUGAUUAGAAAUUUGAUUUGUGUCUUUUUUUUCCCUUCCCCUUUGAUUAUAUUUACUUUUUGGCUUUUUUUUUCUUACAUUCUAGUAACAUGAAACCAUAAGCGGUAAGUUAAUUAUUCAGUUCAUCGCCUUAAACUAGAGCAAUUUAAUUCGAAAUGUCCAUGUGCCAGCGUGUGGUAGCGCUUAACUUAUUUGUGAACUACAAUGACUAUCGGUCUCAACAGGCAGCUAGGUCCAAGUCUGCGGGAGCGGUUUCAUGCCUAGGAUUAGAUUUACUUUUAUUUCUCUAUAUGAUUUAGAUGCUAUUAGUUGUUCGGAAAUGGACAGAAGAUUCUUGCUGCAUUGGCUUUCUUUGGGUUCCUUGUUCUAGACUGGUUGAAAUGCUGAAAACGGACUGAAUUUAGACUAGAGAUUGCAUUACGUAGGUGACUAAUUUGAAGUUUGAAGUUUAUGAAUGGACGGAUCGUCUGCAAUUGCUGAGGUUUAUUUUGAAGUAGUUGGAUCGAUGUCAUCGAUGUAGAAUUUCGGAACUUUAGAUUUGGCUUGCUGGACGUAGCUUAGAAUAGAUAGAACGGUGGCAAAAGGAAUUCUCAGGGCAGUCAGAGUGAGAAGCACAGUGGGAUGCAGAAGGUAAGGGAACUUGCACUGCUGGCGCUGAGAAGAAUCGAUCAGGAUCACAUUCAAGGAUUCUGAGAGUAAAUUCCGAAUAGUGGUCAGACACAGGCUAAGGGACAGUGGCAGGAUGUGGAAAAUGAACAGUUUUUAGCUCAUCAGAAACCUCAAUCGACCAUUGCCGUGGCAGAUGCUCAAUUAGUAAGGUAUUUGGUUGGUGGCUUAAGGCAGGAAAUUAACCUUGAAAAGGGUAGGUAUGUUGCAAAAAGAGGUAGCCAGCAGUGAACUGUUCUGAAGCAGAAAGGUACCUCUCAAUGUAGAUAACAGAGACCGCAGGUAAGUUCGCAAAAGGGGCAGCUAAUUUAUGACCACUGAGGUAGCUGUAGAUGCUUCGUGAGAUAUUCGAAACAGGAAGUGUAUGGUAUGUACAGUAUAUGACGAACCUCAUCAUCCAGUCUUCCGAUACAGGUAUAUAUUUUUUCAAUUAAGUCUCGUAUGGUAGUAAUUUGAGUACGCAAAAAUUGUGUUCGGUACCGCGAUUUAAAGGAGGCAUAUGCCAACAUGGUGCUGGCAUGACUGCAUUUGUAGAAAAAUUCCUACGCAUAGGAUAAGAUCUCAGACACCAGAAAGGUAACAUCUUAAGGUAACGAUUUGGAAAGACAAACACUGACUGCGAUGACAAAUGUGUGAGAUAUGAACGAAUGAGAGAUUAGAUAGUUGGAAGAUCGAUCGACGAUGAACACGUGCAGGGUGGGAUCUGAAGAAGUAGCUAAUAAUUCUUGCUCACUAACCUAUAAUCCGAAAACCGGUGCCUUGAAACACAGGCCCAUCUCACUAAUAUAAUGACAUGAAUUUUAGUGCAUACAUCCAUCAAUCACUAGUAAAUGAACCAAAACGAGAGGUAACCGUUGCAGGAUUUAUAACAAAAGAAGACUCGUGGACCCUCAGAUGGGUUAAGAAUCAAAAGAACUGCAUACAUUCGAAUUAUUCCUGUCUCUCGCAUGCCUUGAAACACAGGCUCGAGAACUGACUCUCCCAACUCAAAUCAAGAUAAUUGUAGUUAGGAAAUUUCAUAAGGUGCAGAAACAACAUUAACUUAACAAACUGAAGUUAAGCUGGAUAAUAUUCGAUGAAAUAGUACUAAGAACAUGGUAAGAAGUUCGAACUUGAUCUAUGCAUCAAAGUCUAACAGCAUGCUAACAAAACUAACCAACUCUAACUAACCAAUACUUCCGACUACCUAACCGGUGUGGAAGCUGCAAAUCCACCAUCGUAUCGAAACAUAAUUCUAUUAAUCUUUAAUAUCCGUAAGAAUAACGUUCUACCAAACAUACAUAAUUAUAAUUUUGAGGGAUCUCGAAGAACAAACCUCUUCAUAUCACUAAUUUGGCGGACAGAUUUUUUGGACCGCUGUUGAUACUGAACUAUGUUUGACCUAGACUAAAUUGUAAGAAAUACACAAAUCAACGCUGGUCAAAGUUUGAGAGCCUUGAAACACAGGCCUCAACUCAAUAAAAAUGUGAGAAUUCGAAAUGCUAGAAGCCGUAGUUCUGAUUAGAAUCAACGGGUAAUUUAGCAUAUAAGAAACUACGCUGACAAGAGUUCGAGUAUUAUCCUUCUCGAGAGAGAGCAUAUCUUUAUAUAAAACGCACGUUGAGAAUAAUUUAACGAUCAGAAAUUGACCAAAGAUGUAAAUUAGCAUAAUAGAUGGAAGCAGUAUUAACCAUGAAGGUCCUUCAUUAUUAUCGCUCUCUCGAGGGCUCGUGCUACCUAGCACGGACUGUGCUGAGGCUGAGAAAUUAAAUCUCCGACGCGGGUCCACUGAUGAGCUGCUAACCUACGCAAGAUUGGGAGGAUAUGAAGAGACUCUUCCAGACUUAAAUAAGAGUGAGAGAAAUCGGAGUUUGAUGGAAACUGUCAGCAACGAACAUAAAUGGACACACCAGUGAAAAUAAUUGAAUCUUGGGAUAUUAUUUCCCUUUUAAUAUUUCAAAUUGCUAUUCCACCGGCUUGGAGAGUUUCAACCAUAGUGUAACUUUGCCAGAGUUACUUGACAACGUCAAUUUGAAAUGGAUGAGUCUGGACUCAAAGAAGGUCUUCGUAAAUGGAAAAUACUGUCUUCUGAAAUCUUAAGUUUUCAAUUCCAGCAGAGCACGGAGGUGGUUUGGUAAUAUUUCAGUUUCUUCAUCUGGCUCCUUGCUCAGAUCAGAGCCCAUAGCUUGCCAAAAGCUGGAAGGUUGUGCUGCAGUCAAAACACCUUGUAAUGCGUGCAUGCGUCAUGUUUGUUUGUUGAAGGUCGAGCCCUGAGUUGGUCUUGCAUUCGUAAUAAAAAAUGCACAUGAAAUAAACCUGAAAAAAGAACAUCAAACAGAACCUUCUCUAUAUGCUAUUCCAAUAAAUUAGAAUCAAUUUUCCCGGUGCUGACCUUGGAUUUGCGUAAAUCAUGCGUCAUGCGUGUCUUCAGCCGGUUUUUGGUGUUGGAGCAUUGACUUUGCAUAGCAGCUACAGCUGGAAAAGCUUCACGACAGUUUUUGAGUCUUUCGUUACGUAAACAUGCAAAUGAGAAGCCCAAAUCUCAAGAGAUGAAGAAAUCUUCGUCUACGAAGAUCUCAGGGUUGUCAAGAACACGUGUUUUGACGACGGUAGAGUAUUUGCAUGGAACUCAGGAAAAAUUCAAACUAUGCCAUAAUGUGCUAUGCAGACAUCAGGUUACAAACUGGACGUGUAUUUUCGAACAAGUCGCCAGAUUUUUCCGAUUCGGGACUUCCUCUUCUUGAACGUUGACACCUCUUCACAGAAGAAGUUCUUGAAGGAUUCAUCUUGAGACAAACAGCUUAAAUUGAUCAUGUACUCUUCCUAAGCCAGGCCUACCUACAAGAGGAUAUGAGUGUGCAUAAUCAAGUGAAAAUACCGGUACUUAAGAGAUCACGUUUUUCACCUCUGUCAAGAAGCGACUGUAUCAAGAACGGAUUUCCUCUCGAGAAAACCUUCCACUCAUACUCCUUAUUCGUGCUACGUGGUGUAUAAUCUCCUCAAACUAUCUCCAUUGAUUCAGUGAUAGUUUAUGCAACACGUUGACCUUGGGAACCAAGGUUCAAGACGCUAUCGAGUCUGUCAUAUCAAGAUCCAUUACGCUGGCUGUCAUGGUUGAAUGGCACAUAGGAAAAACUUACAUGAUCAAAGACUUUUUCUGCCAUGAAUACAACGCUUGAAAAAAUUAACGCGAUUCUAUAUUAUGAUUUUGUAUAUGCACAUGCACGGACAGCAACAUUUUUUCCUCGUUCUUAGUGUUAUAGGAAAGACACGGCGUGUCAUGCCAUUUCCUAUAUAAGCACGGACGGGGAUCAAUUAUAUUCACAAAACAGUAUGGUUGGAUAUCAAUCUGAAAACCGACAUAGUUGUAUUGCGCUCCUUCGGCUCAGUUUUUCUAAAAGGACCAAUCUUCACUCGAAGCGUGCCACAGCACCUGCACUGCACUGCAGCUGCUCAGUCUACACGUCCGACUUGGUACUGGAGCCAUCAUCACUGGACUGGUAUCCAUGAAGUGACCUUGUGCCAGUGCUGGUUUGUUUUGAGUUCACAAGAUGGGUAUGAGAUCUGAACAUGAUGCGGGAUACUCUGCCCGUCGCACCUUUACUGUUUUGCAGAUUACUGUUAGAUUACUGUUUUUCUGUCUGCUCAGUUUGCAGGCUGGAGAGUCCGCUCUAGUCCCAGAUGGUGAUGCUAUUGACAACCAUCUCGGAAGCCACUGGCUGAUGAGAAAGCCACGAUCAGUUUCAGACCAGAAUCCUCCUCCUCAGUUUCCUGUCUCUGCACCACCACCGAUUUAUGGCCAUAUUCGAGGAGCACAUCCUCUCUGGGCACCGAAGAGUCCAACAGCAGUCCCACUCCCCCGCCCACCUACUCCUCCAUGUUGUCGAGAUCCCAAUCAUCCUCUGCCACCCCCUUCCAGUAGAGGUCCUCCUCCUCCUCCAUUUCCUCACCCUCCACCCCCUUUCAGUAGACGUCCUCCUCCUGCUCCGUUUCCUCGCCCUCCACCCUCUCCGCUUCCUCUGCCUCCACGCACAAUUUUCCAGGAUCCACCACCCCCUACAAUAUCAAUUGCUCCUCUUUCCAUUCGGGCUCCCAUGACACCUCCGACCCGGGCUCCAAUGACGACGCCUUCCCCUGAUUAAGUUUCCUCCGCCUCCUCUUCUGUAACUGCAGCAUGAAACCCGCAACAUCUCAACACAUCGUCUUCCAGCGGUAUCAUCCGGGUCGCUAGCUGUCCCAGGCUCAUAAAAUAGUCUUGAAAUUGAUAUGACCAAUGACAGGUGCUUCCAAAUCUUUCGACGAGAUUUGGCUGGGAAAUAAAAUGCUGGGCAUGUUCUACGUAGUAUUAGCAGCCGCCAGAUGUUCGACCAGAUGAGGGUUGAACAGAAACUAUGAAAAAGUAAUGUCCCAUGAUUUCAUAGGUUGUGCUUUUCAUGUGUAAGUUACACGGUCCAGUAAGUACAAGUAUGUCUGUUGUAACGUUUUACCUCUUCUGCAUUUGGCCCUAAUUUUGUGCUCAGGAGGUAGAUUCAUCAGUUGCGUUUCGACUCACAUCGUCAGCUGGUUUUUUGAAGCCUUACAAGUGAUCAUUUGAUGGCUUCGUUUUCUGGCACAAUCAGUACCACGUACAUAAAUCCACCUGAUCGUCAAUCUUAAUAAUAAGCGGUCUGUGUUUCUGUGCUUCUGUCCUUCUGAUGAGAAGUCUUAGAUGCAUGGUCCUAGGGCUUGUUUCCAGCCAAUUCAGGAUCCCAAGAGAAUCACUGAGCAAGUUGGAAGGUAGUAGAAACAUUUAAACUUCUUGGCCCAAAGGAUUUCUUACGCGAUGA